AUGCAACAACGUUGUUGGACAUUGUUCUCGUCUAUCUGCUUCAUUUCCAUUAUCAUCAUUAUAUUAACAAAGAAUCCCUCAUCACAAACUUGGCUGCAGAAUCCGUCAUUUACAUUUAAUAUCACUCAAAUGAACGAAUGUCACCAUGUUGUCAGGCCAUUCUUUCGCUUCUUAUGUGAAAAAAACCAUUCGUUACGGUCAGUUCAAUUAUCAACGGAUUCGAAUGAUCACGUCUGUUAUCAGCUUUAUUCCAAGAACAAACAUGCCGACUUAUUUGCACGUGUCCAACUUCACUUCCAACCGUUCUCCAAUCGAAAGAUGCUUUUCACCGAUAUCGAAAACUUGUCCAAUUCGUGUUUGAGCUGCCAUCAUAUUCAAAUCAUUCAGAACAAACUGUAUAUCAUCCCUAGACCGAAUGCUUUCAAUUAUCAAACUCGCAGUCGUAGUGUGAAACUACUAAUCAAACAGAUGAUGGACACAUUUCCAAACAUUCCUGACCUCGACUUAUUCUUUCAUGUUGAUGACGCAGUAGAAUUACCAAAUGGAUUGAAUGAUGUGCGUUUCAAUGUACCCAUCUUUGCUUUUACAAAAACCAACAAAACAAAACGAGGCGUACGACCGGAUGCCAUAAUUCCCAUGCCGUGUUUCACAUUAUGGAGUUGGCCUGAAGUACGAGCAGAUGCCGUAAUCCCGAUGCCAUGUUUUACAUUAUGGAGCUGGCCUGAAACGCGUGCUGGUCGUUGGAUAGACCGAUCCCAGUCUAUUGUCAGUGCAGCACAGAAGAUAGGCUAUAAGAACCGAAUCCCCAAAUUAUUCUGGCGCGGAGUGUGGAAUUGGAAACGACUUUGGUACAUCGAUCUAGCGAAGGAAAAUCCCGAUAUCAUGGAUAUGAAGGACGUCAAUUGGAAUGCGACUGCGAAUGGUGUUGCUCAUCGACCGUCGAACGCAUACGUGACGUUGGAAGGACAUUGUGAUUACAAGUAUUUAGCACAUCUGGAAGGAAGUUCAUAUUCAUCUCGAUUGAAAUAUUUGCUGCUCUGUGGUUCGCCAGUCGUCUAUAAUCCUGUUCAAUACUGGGAAGAAUAUUGGUAUCAUUUACUGAAAGAUCGUGAAAAUAUUAUUGUUUUUGAAUCAGCUCGAAACGAGGCAGCGCUCAAGAAAUUGCUUGAUCAUUUUUCGCAUAACGAGAACAAAAUGAAGAGAAUAGGCCAAAAAGGACAACAGUUGGUAUUGGAAUAUUUAAGCGAACAUGCAGUCAGCUGUUAUUGGUGGAAACUAAUGCAUGAAUACGCUAAGCUUUUAGGAUAUCAACCAAUAUUACAUCCUGACGCUAUCCAUAUCGAUGAUUUUCUCAUUGGAACUUUAUCUUGA